AUGUGGCUCCGACGACGAAGCCGAGAGGGUGGUUAUUGGCAGGUGACGAGAUUGCAGCGUCGAGUGCAAGAAGAUGGUAGCGACAAGGAAAAGAAGGGAGCAGCAGGGAAACGGAACGGAGGGACCGAACCUCAUGCUGCGACGCGCAGUAGUAGCAUCGGAAGACGCCUUGGACUGCAGAUCGGUACACCAGAGCGGGAUUCACGAGAGCAAAAUCCACAGGCCAGCGGGCGGCAGUCGGCGACACUGCACCACCGCAUCACCUUCCGACAAGCACGCUCACGCACACACGCAGUACGCAAACAUCGACCUGAUCGUCGCAACGAUGAUGCCAGGCUGUGCAGCGUACGACUCGUGAGCGUCCGCACGGUCGACCCCAAUGGACCCUGUCGGAGAUCCAACAACAGAGACCAUCGCAAUGCCGUGUCCCUUUUGGCAGCUUAUACGCCUCCUGCACUCCGGACGUGUGUGGUUGCUUGCAACGAGCUUCGGUAA